AUGCCUCUUGUUUAUCCUGUGUCGAUAUCCACAACCGACAUGCACACUGGUGGAGAACCUUUAAGAAUCAUAGAAAAAGGAUACCCAGAAAUCAAAGGUCGAACACUUCUGGACAAAAUUAACUAUCUGAAAAGCGACUUGGACGAGUACCGGAAAUUGGUAAUGUGGGAACCUCGGGGACACUAUGACAUGUAUGGAGCGCUGCUCGUGCCUUCGGAUACAGAAAGGUGUGAUUUUGCUUCAAUCUUUAUUCAUAACGAGGGAUACUCCACAAUGUGUGGGCACGCUGUGAUUGCACUAGGACGUUAUGCCAUAGAAAAGGGGCUCGUAAAAAACGUCACUGUUCCAGAGACUCAGAUAAAUAUUCAAUGUCCUUGUGGGCCGGUGGCUGCUUACGUCACAUAUGAUGGGAGGAAUACGGGCGCUGUGAGGUUCCAAAGUGUGCCUUGCUUCGUCUUUAAACCAGAUCUGAGCGUGGAUGUUCCUGGCUUCGGUAAAAUAACGGUGGACAUUGUGUAUGGAGGAGCUUUCUAUGCUAUUUUGUCAGCUGGACAAUAUGGUCUGGACGUCAGGAACUCACGAGUGUCCGAGCUGAGGGCAGCGGCUGGAGCCACGACAGAAAUUUUGAGAGGGCAGCUGUUGCUGGAUCACCCCGAGACUGAAGGCGUGUCUUUUCUGUAUGGUACGAUUCUAACGGACGGAAAUGAUGACCAUUCAGAUGAAAUAACAGACACUAUGUGUGUUUUCGCCGAGAGAGAGGUAGAUAGAUCCCCGUGUGGGUCAGGGACAUCUGCUAGAGUCGCUCUUCAAUACUAUAAAAAUAAAAUCAAGCUUGGUCAACCCAGGACAUUUCGUGGACCUUCUGGAGAGGUAUUCACGGCAAAAGUCGUCAAGGAGGUCAGCUGUGGAAAUCACAAGGCCGUGGUCACUGAGGUGAAAGGUCAAGGUUACUUCUGUGGAAACUCUACAUUUACACUGGAAGAAAGUGACGCUGUGGGCAGAGGAUUUUUAUUAAAAUAAUCACCGUGUCUUGUCCACGGCUUGAAUCAAUUGGAAGGUUACACAAAUUGUAAGGAAAGUAAAACAGUAAAUUUUAAAGGUUUUAUUAUAAACUGCUUUCGGAAGAAUGGAUGUAAUGUUUGUGAAAUAAAUGAUUAUAGAAGUACAAAUCAUGAAUAUAACCAUUCUGGACCAAAAGUUUCCUGCACCAUUAAAUGUUCUUAUGAAAUAUUUGUGUGAAAGAUAUAACCCUCAACAAUAUUUGUGUAA